ACGAGGGCGGAUCCGAGGCCCGGUGCACGAGCACGCAUUGCCUGCUGAGGCUGCCUGGGCCGAAAAGUUCAUUUGGACCUGGCUGACCGGGAGAAGAGAAGAGAGGAGGGGGGGGGGGUUGUUAAGCGCGUGACAGGAAGACGACGUUUAUUAAAAACCCAACCCAACCCUUGCACAGAAACGAAACAAAAGUCAGACGGGGCGGUUGCAAAAGAGGAAGGGAAGCCGGCUGGCCGACCGACCGAGGCCUUGGCGUCAACCGGGUUGGAUUUUAUAUGUUUUAUAAUCUGAAGGCGCAUCCGACACGAAUAAAGAAGGCUGUGGUGACAAUGAGAAUUUGGUUGGUGCUCACUGCAUGGGCAAAAGUUCAAGAUUUUUAAGUGGACCUGACAGGUGCUCCCCAAACAUCUCAACAUAAGUAGAAGACAUGAAUCUUCAAAAUGAUGAGGCAACAUCUAGAUCCAUAUUUGCCUGGAAUUAUUUUCUGUGGGAAGUUCGUUUUGCCUUAGUGGCCAUUGGCUUCUUUCUCUACUUGGGAAUAUUUUGUUUUUCACAUUUUUUGUCUUCAUGGUUGAGUAUAACUUACUGCUCAUUGCCAGCAAAGGAGAAAGUCUUUUGGAAUCUGGCUACUACACGAGGCGUGUUUGGCAUUCAGUGUUUUGUAGCUGGCUUCUGGGCUUUACUUUUAGAUCCAGUUUUUCAAGCUGACAAGGUUUAUUCCCAGCAGGACUGGAGUUGGUUCAGUUGUCUCAUAGCCUCUGGCUUCUUUUUGCUGGAAAAUGUAGCUGUUCAUGUCUCUAAUUUUAUCUUUAAAACAUUUGAUUUAUUUGUAGUUGCUCAUCAUUUUCUUGCCUUUGGUGGUUUUUUGGGUCUGAUAACCAACAUAAAAUCUGGACAUUACAUACCUUUGAUGGGAAUGCUACUUGAGAUGAGUACACCUUUCACUUGCAUGUCUUGGAUGCUUUUAAAGGCUGGCCGGGCUAAUACUUUCUUUUGGAAGGCAAGUCAGUGGAUAAUGAUCCACAUGUUUCACUGCCGCAUGAUGCUUACCUACCAUAUGUGGUGGGUGUGUCUUUCCAAUUGGAAUGCUGUGAUGGAAAAUCUGGGACUCUUACAUUUUACUGUUGUAUUAACAGGAUUGAGUGCUGUUACCUUCAUACUUAAUCCCUACUGGACAUACAAAAAGACUCUUCAACUUUCUUCUCCUGUUGACUGGAAUUUUAGUGGUAGAACAAUGAAAAAUGGUUCAUCUGUGAAAGUAAAUGGAGAAACAUUCCAGAAGAAGGGGCUCUGAAACUGACUUGGAUCUCUAUGGGUAACCAUAAAAUCUGGUCAGAAAUAAAUAAGACAGAGAGCUGGGAAUAUGAAGCUGCCUAUCAAGGGAUCUAAAUUACUAGUUUCUAGUAAUGUUAUCUAGUUGGGAAUACUAUUAACCUCAUUUAAUAAACGUUGCAGGUGUGUCUUAAAUGUUGGGCAUUCUUAGUCACAUGUAAGAAUAUUCUAUAAACCAGCAAAAUGCAGGAAAUAAAUGCCCUGUCUGUCUCUCUUUAGAACCUUCAUUGCUGCUUCCAGGACUUGCUAUUUUGAACAUGUCAGGACAGAUUACAGUCUAGAAAGAAUUCUAGGCCUUGUUUCAAAGAAUGCCCAGUACAGGGAUUAUUUUCCCAUUGGAUUAGUCAAUAUAAAAUUGCACUUACCUUCUUUUUCAUGUAUACUGUAUAUGAAUCAGUUUCUAUAUAAAGUUUGCUACCUUAUCUAAUGAAUGCCAAAUGCCAAUCCAGUUUAAUAUCUAAUAUGAGGGGUAACAUUACAUUUUUCCCUAGAAAAGUACCCAAAUGUUUAACACCAAUGCUAGAACAUUAUGAAAUAUAGUUUAGUUUGAAGAGUAAUUGGACAUUGAAAAUAUGGUCAUAACUUGGGUUUACAUUUAAAACAAUGUUUCUCUUUGACAUGCAAUAUUCUAUAGUGGCUAGUAGGAAAGACUAUAUACUUUAAAGAUUAUUUCCAAUAUGUAACAAAUUCAAAUUUUGAUAUGGCACCUCAGAAAAGUUGCUGUUUUGCAGUUUCAUUGUGAGAGAUAGUGAAGGUGGUUGAGCUUCCAGCUUUUUGCAUCCCCAUGUUUUAGACAGAAAAUUUAUAAAAUGUUAUUAAAUUAAGUUCUGUUCUAUUCUGUUAAUCCCAGUCCCUAAAAUCCAAAAUCAAUUUAUAAAUCUUAAAACUUUUCUUAAGCUAAGUAUAUUAAAAGAAGCAACCUAUAGUUAUUCCACAAUUUAAUUACUGUGUAAGGAUUGCUGAAACUAAUCCUUAACCUAAUACUGUAUUUCAGUGGAAAGUUGUUGGACACUGCCAUCUAAUGGCAGUUAUGACAUACAAGUACCCAUCUUAUUUUAAACAAGCAUGCUAUAAAAUUAUCUGGAAUAUACAACUACUAUAAAAGAUAAUACAUUGAGUUUGGUAUUUAUUCUUUUAGUACAGGUAAUAUAGAAUGCAUAAGAAUCUGAGAUUAAUGCUGUUAUAUUCAAGCUCAGUAUAUAAAUAUGUAAAUGAAAUACUUUGAAAUAUCUCUCUCUUCCCACCCUGGUAAAAUUAGUGAAAGAAAAGUGAUAAGACUGCACAAAAUGUUAAAGUCUAAAGUUUUUUACAAUUUCUAUUUUUUCCCUGUUUAGGAAACAGUAUUAUAGUUGUGAAAGUUAGGCAUCCAAGAAGUAUUAAACAUUUGCUGAAGUCAUUAUUUGGAAAGAAUAACAGUUCAGAGAGGCAAACUUUUGCAUAAUCUAAAUGCAUGUAUAGAAACUUGGCUUGAAUCUCUGUAGUUGAUUUAUCAAUCAAAUCUUAAUGACCAGCAUAAUUAUUAAUCUAGAUUAUGGUAGUAUCUUAAAUCAUCUUCAAUACUCUACAUUAUUGAUAUUUUGAAUUAUGCCAUAUUACUAGCUAAAAUGUUAUUGGGAAUGAUGUGACUAGUGUACUUUUCUUGACUGUAACUUGCAUUUUCUGAGUAGUAGCACAAUAUGAGAUGAAAAAUUUGAAAAUCUGCAUUCUGAAGAUGAUUGUGACCAUGUUUACAGUCUUCUGUCAAAAACAGACCCCCCCUCCCCAAAGGCUAAAUGCCAUUAAUAUAGAUGGGAUUGGGAUCAAAAUCCAAUUAGGGACAUUUUAGAAUGAUUAGAAUGUUCUAACUGAUACAUCAUUUCUGGAGAAUAACAACCUGCCCAUUGUUAUUUUCUAUGAAAAAUCACAGAAAAUUUCUGUUCAAUUGUAUUUUCCCUGAGGUCUAGGCAAAAUGACUGGUCUUCCCAGUCAUAAUGAUUAGCAUUUCUCUGAUGAAUGAAGUAUAAAUAUUUGUUUGCAAUCCCUCAAAAGGAUAGUGAUACACUUUUGAUAUUGAAAUUGCAGUUUAUUUUGUGACCAAGACACUGGAUCUCUUUCUAGAUAGGAGAGGUUUACCAGUAUGUUUGUUUUUAAUCAAAGUAGCAAAGUAGUUGCAGUUUGCACAACAAAAACUUUUUAUUAAACAUUUGCACCUUGCAAAAAUGGAAGCAAUCAAAUGGUAGAUUGUCUAUUGGCCACUGAAAAAGUUGCAUACAUGUAGUAUAUAUAUUUUUUCCUAUGUUUCUGUUGGUGAGAAAUUGCACUAUGUAUGGAAUAAUGUCUAAUGCUUGAUCUAUAAUCAGGAGUAGUUAGUAAACAAUUUCAGAUAUAUUUGAUGUUUAACACAUAGCUUAGUUACAUGUGCAGUAGCCACUGGUGUUUUUUUUUUAAAAUGAGUUUAAUUUUUCUAGUUCACUUACUAAUAUGUAGCUUUGGACCCUUGAGGUUUUAUUUAUCUCAGUUGCCUACAAUAAUUCAGAGUUUAGUCUAUAUUUUCCCCCUGAACCAAAUUAGUACUGUGAUUUAGGUGGGAAUGCUGCUACUAAUGAUUAUUUUGAUUAGAAUCCCUCUCACUCCUGAAUAUAUGUCAUUUCUGUUGUGUUCCAAAAGGGGUCAGGCCACACCUCCAUUAAAUUUGAUUUAAUUUUUUUAUUCCUUAUGCACAUGUAAGAUGUAUAUGUGUAAUAGUUUAUCCUGCUGUCAUAUUUGGUAUUUGGUGGCAGCCUUAUUGACCACUGGCACCACACCAAGAAAUGGAUGGGUAGAAUUUAUGUAGUCAUGCAUUACUGCAUAAUCCUGUGAUUGCAGGUUAUGCAUUCUGACUGAAAUGUAAAAUAUCUCUGUUACAAUGAUUCUUUGCUGCUUAACACCAAAAGAAUAAGUAGGUCCAAAUAUUAGAAAUGGGAAUUUUGCUGGUAAAAUUUACAACAGAAAUAAGACUUUUUUUUUUCUCUCUAAGAGUAUUUUUUUAAAAGUAGAAUUGUUGGGAUACAGUACCCUUUUCAAAAAAUAUAGACUAGCUGAGUAGAGUAUUUUUUUUUAAAAGAAUAGUGGAUGUUAGGCAUCUGCAGUAAUAAUUAAUGAAAUUACAUGUUUAGAUAGAAUUUCAUUUUUUAUUCAAAUGUAAGAGCUGAACUAGAUAUAUGAGAAAUUUGGGUGUUUCAGCUAUGCUUUGUUCUUAAUUGCAAGCUAGUUUAGGUUAUUUGCAUUUUGUAACUAUUUCUUAGCAGCUCCAAGUUCUUUUUCAUGCAAGUCAUCUUCAAAAAAGGUUUCAGUUUGAAGAAAAGUCAUCAUAUGCACUUUGUAAUGAAGAAAAGUAGGAGGGGGAAGGAAUUAAUUACCUUUCUCUUUUCCUACUUGCCCUAUGAGGUAUUACAAAAUGUGGUUUACGACUUUCCUAUUUAAUACUGAUAAAAUUGAACAUGAGAUAGUUAUUUGUACUCUUUGCUAUUGAGUUGUCAUGCUUUUCUCCCCUACAUCUCUUUGCAGUCAACAACCAAAAAUUAUGUGUUUUAUAUUAAUUACCAUCCCCAGUUACAUAUCAUCUACAAAUGGAGGCUAGCUACUUCCUAAAAAUAAGAACUUUAUUUUUAAAGUAUUUUAUGCAGAAAAUAUAUUUGCUAUAUUGUUUUUUUUCUUGUCCCUCCGUAAUUGAUUUUGCUAAUAAAUGUAUUGCUUUCUUUUCUUUUUUAAAUUGAUUAUUCAAUAAGCUUUAGUUUUUGCUUGCAGUUAAAAUAGCUUGCAGAGAAAUAUACUUUCUUGUCAGUAAAAAAAAAUCUUUUCUAGCAUUUUUAGUUUAAUCGUUUUUUCCGUAAUAUAUUGCAAUGCAAUUACCCAGAAGUCUAUCUAGUUUCAUUUUCUGUCAAUCACAGCAUCCACUCAGAUACUUCUAGGUGGAAUAAAAAAAGGCAUUGACUUCUUUGUGGUGCUACUAGGAGAUGUUGAUUAUGUAAUCCAGUAUUCCCAAAUACUAUAAUAGCUGUGAAGUCUGGAAAUUAAGUGUAACUGGAGGGCAUCAUGAUGGGAAAGUCUAUAUUCAAUCUGGAACAGCAUUCAGUACUGCCUAAAUCAGUACUUAGCCAUUAACAGUCUUGUCCUCUGUGAUUUUAAAAAUGCCUAAGCCAGUAGCCAGCGUUUUUUAUAAGAAACUAUACUUUUUUUGUCCAUUCUGAACUAGUUCCAGAUGAUAUCAUAUUACCUGAAGUCUAGGGAGCUGUUUAUUGUUUAUUGUGCUUAAUAAACAUUUAUCAUAUCUUCAUUUAGUCUGUCCCUCUCUUGGUAAAUUAGAGAAUGCAAUAUUUUUGCCCAUUCAUGGAAAAGAAAAACUAGAAUCAGUGUCAUGUAAUCUUCAAGCUCUACAUUUUUUUCUGGAAUGGUACCAUGCCAUCCGAAUUGCAUCCUUCGUUUCAAAUGUGGUUUACUGUAUAUUUACAUCAAGAUGUUAAUUGUUCAGUUUAAUCUUGUUCACAAUUAUACAAGGAAGGAAUUGUCUGUCAUUGCUGCUGAAUGUUGUUUCUAUUUCAUUAUACUAUCUACGUAUCACUAACAUUUUCCAAAUCUACCAGUUUACUUAUUCUAUGAUCUAUUUAUGAUAGCCUUACUAACUUGCUUUGGUCCAGUUGUGAUUAUAAAACUCAAGCCCCAAGGCCAGAAUACAAACAUUGAAUUUCCACAUUGGACUGUUUGGGGAGUACAAGCAGUAGUUUCCAGUUCACCAUAGAAGGAGCUAUAGUUCUUUUUAACUGUUUCUUCUGACAGGAAAGCCAGCUGUCAAAUUGAAACCAAAAUUUGGGGACUUAAUUGGCUUAUAAUAAGGAUAUGGCAUGCAAGAAUAGCAUAUUAAAGUGGGUGGGAUUGCAACCCAUUUGGGAAAGGAGCUCAGAAGUUUUAAGAAAAAAAAAAUAUCUUCAACACUCCUUUGCCAUGCAAAUAGCCAAAAUAAUUUACAUCGCCCAUGUGGUAAGGCUUGGAGGGUUGCAAAAUGGAUGCUGAUAAGUUUCAUGUGUCUCACAACAGUAUUCAUGCUCCUACUUAGUUUAUAAGACAGUAUGUGAAUGCACUCAUUGUGUCCAGAGGAGCUUCUUUCCCAUAGAAACUCAGUUUGGCACCUAUUUUAAUUGCUCAGUAUUAUGCAGAGAUCUUUUUGUUUUAUUUCUCCAGAAAGUUUUCAUUAUUAGAACUGCGUUAAACAUUAAAAUCCAUAUUAUUGUCUAUUUUAAAUAAAAUUAUUUGUGAUAAGUGUCAUAUCUGUGUAUUAAAAAUGUAAUUACUGUAAA